GAUGAACCUUGACUAUUUACCAAACCAGCCCCCGCAAAUGUUAAGGUUCGAAAACCCUCUGCUGGGUCAUUUUGCUGAUACUUGACUUAAUCCAACGAUAACGUGUUGUGUAAUUUAUCCCACCAGAUUAUCUAAAGUACAGAAGAUAUGGAAGCUCCAGCCCCAAGACGCUCCUCGAGGAUUUCCUCCAAGCCAAAGUCAGAAUCUAAGGUUGUUCCUGAAAAGAAGAAGAGAACGGUGAAAACGGGAACCAAAAGAGGAGCGGAGGACCAAGGAAGUGACGAUGCGAAUAAAAAAGCAAAAGCAGAUGCAGGGGACUCUUCCGAUGCCAAUCAAGGGCAGAACUCAACGGCAGAGACUGCGGCCACUCCAGACAUCGCUCAGAUCAAUAUAGGCGAUUCUCUACCUUCUCUUACCCUCAAAAACGAAAAGGAUGAGGACGUAGACGUGACAUCUAUCGCGUCAGAGAAGGGUGUCGUACUUUUCUUGGUCCCCAAAGCCGAUACACCUGGAUGUACUCAACAAGCUUGCGGAUUCCGAGAUAUUUGGGGAGAAUUUGGUGCGCUGAAUUUUGACGUUUACUGUUUGAGUGCGGAUACAUCGGCCGCUCAGAGUAAAUGGCAGUCCAAGAAAGAGCUCCCAUAUCAACUUUUGUCCGAUCCAAAGAGGAUGCUCAUCACUGCUCUUGGUGCCGGAGACGGUAACAAGACGAAGCGCAGUCAUUUUAUUUUCGAAAAAGGCGGGAAGCUUGUCGAUAAGAAAAUGCCGGUUAAACCAGUCGAUAGCCCCAAGUUGGCCUUGGAAUUUAUCAAGAGUUCAAACUGAAAGUCCACAACGUCGUCAUCUGCGAUACCUUCAUCUUUAGCUGUCUUAAAAUUUGCUUUACAAAUCCUGGUUCCUGCCGUCGUAUUGCUCUGCCAUAUUUUCUGUUGUCUGUUCGUACUUAUGUCGCCAUUAGUAGAGCCAUGAUAAGGGAGCUGGCCUUGCCGUUUUAUGACAAGAAUCUCUUUGAGAGUUGUCUUAUGCUUGUAUUCUAACUUUGGAUAUGUAUCUUGUGUUGUUGUGACGUGUUCUUACUCUCAACAUUCGUAGCCAGAAAAUGAUGUCUUGGUUAAGUGGUUUAUACUUACAAUCACUACGAGCAUUCGCCGAAA